GGGAAUCUCGGCCGCCGUCUGGGGCCGCGGCGCGCGUGCGCAGUGCGCAGGGCCGUGGGCUCCGCUCGGGCUGGGCGCCGGCGGGAGCGCGGCCGGGCGCCGAGGGGACCGGCGGAGGCCGCGGAGCCGGCGGGCGAGGCGGGCCCGGAGCGCCGCGCCGGCGGAGCGAGCAGGAGGCGGCGGCGGUGCGCGGAGGGGCGGCGGCGCUGUGUGAUGUGCAAGCUCAGAAAUGCCUUAUGUGGAUCGUCAGAACCGCAUCUGUGGUUUUCUAGACAUCGAAGAAAAUGAGAACAGUGGUAAAUUUCUUCGAAGGUACUUCAUACUGGAUACCAGAGAAGACAGUUUUGUAUGGUACAUGGACAAUCCACAGAACCUCCCUUCAGGGUCGUCCCGGGUCGGAGCCAUCAAACUCACCUACAUUUCAAAGGUGAGCGAUGCCACUAAGCUGAGGCCAAAGGCGGAGUUCUGUUUUGUGAUGAACGCAGGGAUGAGGAAAUAUUUCCUACAAGCCAAUGACCAGCAGGACCUAGUAGAAUGGGUCAAUGUGUUGAACAAAGCUAUAAAAAUUACAGUACCAAAGCAGUCAGACGCACAGCCUCAUUCUGAAAACCCGAGCCGCCCGGGGGACUGUGGGAAGAAGCAGGUGUCCUACCGGACGGACAUUGUGGGCGGGGUGCCCAUCAUCACGCCGACGCAGAAGGAAGAAGCCAGUGACUGUGGGGAGAGCGCUGACAGAAACCACCUGAAAAGGUCACCAAGCCAUGUCCCCUACUUCCCCCCGAAACCGCCCUCCGACAGCGCCGUCAUCAAAGCCGGCUACUGUGUCAAGCAGGGAGCCGUGAUGAAGAACUGGAAGAGGAGGUACUUCCAAUUGGAUGAGAACACGAUAGGCUACUUCAAGUCCGAGCUGGAGAAGGAGCCUCUCCGUGUGAUCCCCCUGAAGGAGGUGCACAAGGUCCAGGAGUGCAAGCAGAGUGACAUAAUGAUGAGGGACAACCUCUUUGAAAUUGUAACAUCAUCUCGAACUUUCUAUGUGCAGGCUGACAGCCCCGAGGAGAUGCACAGCUGGAUCAAAGCCGUGUCCGGGGCCAUCGUGGCGCAGCGCGGGCCCGGCCGGUCGGCGACUUCUAUGCGGCAGGCCAGGCGGCUGUCGAACCCUUGUGUUCAGAGGAGCAGCCCGGGGGCCCCGAGCCCCGGCCCGCGCCCCGCGCCCCCGCCCCGCAUACCGCCGCAGCUCGCAGCAGCUCUCUGGUCUCAAGCUUUGCCCUGGAGAAGCGAGGAUUUUGCGAGUCUCUUGCCAAGGUCAAGCCAGGGAGCUUCAAGGUCCAGACUGUCCCUGCAAGAGAACCAGCUUCCAAAGUGAGCGGACGCGCCCUGCCCGCCCCGCCCAGCAGGAAUGGCCCUCGGGAGGGCCAGUGCGGCCCUGCGGUCUUGGACUUGGACUUGGACGACGCGAGCCUGCCGGUCAGUGACGUGUGAGCCGGACACUCGGCAGCCGCCGUGCCGGCUCCCCUCUCCUGAGGCUUCAGCCAAAGAUGACGGUCACAGGCCCUCACAGCCUGCCCCUGGCCUCGACGUGCUCCUGAGCCGGUGAACCAGGCCUGGGCGCAGCCAGCGCUCAGCGGCGCCUUUUAGAGGAAAGAAGCGGAGUCUCCUCUCGGCUGUCCCAUGGUCGUGCGGCCUCACUUGGGUGAUGAAAACGUGCGUGUGAUGUUUUUUCUAAUGAAUUUGAUCAUUACAUCUUUAUCCCCUUAAAACAUUAAAAAUGCUUAUCAGUUAUCUCGGUCAUUUAAAAAAUUGCUCCCAUGACUUCCUCUUAGAUGAUCAAUAUUGACACAUUGUUGCUGGUUAAUGUUACUGAAUGAAAAUUGCCAGACCCAGAUACCUAAGCCCCCGAUGUCUGGUGCUGUGAUCCCUCCCAGGGUGCGGGCAGGUCUGACGGGACAGGCUUGGCCCUGGGUCUCCAGGUGUGUGCGUCUCACCCAGAGGCUGUCCUGGUCUGUUGGGAGGGUGUGAGCUGUGCUGGGUGGAGAAAAGGGGAAAGUAGAUUUUUUAAAAACUGAUUAUUGGACGUGUGUUUGAAAAAGGUUAAAUAAGGCUGCAGUAGUCAUUGCUGAAUUCAGCAGAAAUCAUGUGGAGACCUGGUUUUCCUACGCAAGUUUGUACCAUGUUCUUAUUUCUGUGUUGGGUCCGAGGGAGACCCCAGGUUCCUAUGUAAGGCCUCCUCCCUAGUUCUGCGAUUGGCCUCGGCUGUCACCAACAGCCUCUACUGCAGUGCCUGUGGCCACCUCGUCACUGUGCUCAGUCCUGCCUGAUGGGUUUAACCCUGUGCUGAGUACAGCGUCACUUUCCGUUCGGGAGACCAGAUGCUGCUGUGCCUGUGCAGUGUUUGUGUUCCAGAACACAUGCCAGUCCACAGUGUCCGGGGUGAAAACGCAAACAGACGUGAGCGCCUCUGCAGAGCGCUCUGCCCGCCCCAGGCGCUGUGACCCCCUCGGAGCAGGUGCCUGUGGCAGUUCCUCGUAAACAUUUGCUUUCAGGAAAGACUCUUGAGUUCACAUGCUGCUAUUUCUGUGACAUUUUACCAUUUACCAGUCCUGCUUGUUCUGAAUUCAUCCUGUCCCGUGUCGUCCCCUCAUUUUCUGAGAUGAGUUCGUGUCUGAGAAAGCGACUCCUGCGCUGCGGUGCGUGAGGUCACUGUCCAUGACACUAUUUACAGAGCUCACCUCCUCCUGAAGCAUAAGCUGAUGUCGUUCACGUCUGUUUAGUUUCCUUCUCUGCGGCUCCAUCCGAAGUGAUGGAGGGGAAGGUGGUGAGCAGCUCUCACUUUCUAUUCUUUGUGCCGGCGGCUCCGAGGCCCCAGCGCCCUGGAGCCGGCGUGGACGGCGGGGCUGCGGCAGGUCUCGGUACCACUUCCGCGUCGCAUGUUUAUUUCUCAUAUUUUGAUAAUCUGAUGUUUUUCAUAGUGACAAAAUACUAUCUAUUUUGGGUCUUUUUAUGGAACUACCCUUGUACUCAAUAGCAUAGGAAAACAUUCUUGUGAUUUUGGGGUCUUCUGAUAUUUAUCUCAAUACUUUUAUAAUAAUAUGAAAAUUAUUUAAUUAUUUUAAAGCAUAUGCUUUCUUUGUAAACAUGUCACAUCUGAAUUGUCAGAAAUUCCUUUGAACACCUUACUGUUGGCUGCAUUUUUCUGUACAUGUAACAUGCCUUCUUUCAGAAUGGGGACACGCGUGUGCCUCCCAGCAUUUACCUGUACACGCGUCUGUACAAUCCCGAGUGGGACACUGUAACAAGGAGAAUAAACCGCUCAGAACUAAUCC